AUGGCCCCUGCUCUCUUCACCCCCACCAAGCUCGGCGCUUACACGCUCAAGCACCGCGUCGUCCUCGCCCCGCUGACCCGCAACCGUGCCGACCCGAAGACGCUCGUCCCCUCCGACAUGGCGAUCGAGUACUACAAGCAGCGCGCGUCCGACGGUGGACUGCUCAUCACCGAGGGCGCUUUCAUCUCCGCCGAGGCUGGCGGCAUCGCCGGCGCCCCCGGCAUCUUCUCGGACGAGCAGGUCGCCAAGUGGCGCGAGAUCGCCGACGCCGUGCACGCCAAGGGUGGCCGUAUCUUCAUCCAGAUCUGGGCUCUCGGCCGUACCGCCAACCCCGCCCUCGUGCCCGUCGUGUACGGCCCGAGCGGCGAGCCGUACGUCGCCAACCCGAAGAAGCCCGUCCCCGUCCCCGUCAAGGCGAUGACCGAGGAGGACAUCGACCGCUUCGUCGCCAACUACGCCAAGGCGGCCAAGAACGCGAUCGCUGCUGGCUGCGACGGCGUCGAGAUCCAUGGCGCCAACGGAUACAUUGUCGACCAGUUCCUGCAAUCUGUCAGCAACAAGCGCACCGACUCGUACGGCGGUGACAUCAACGGACGCACGAAGUUCCCGCUGCGUGUGCUCGACGCCGUCUGCGAGGCCAUCGGCCCCGAGCGCGUCGGUAUCCGCAUGUCGCCCUUCGGCAUUGUGCAGGGCAUGCGCGAGAAGGUCCCCCUCGACACGUUCCUCCCCUACGCCAAGCUCAUCGUCAAGCACCAGCCCAAGCUCGCGUACGUCCACGCCGUCACGCCGCGCACGUACGGCACGACCGACAUGCCCGAGAACAUGGUCGUGAAGGAUGACGACCUCGAGCCCAUCCGCCGCGUCGUGCGCGACGCCGGUAUUGCCUUCAUCUCGGCCGGCGGGUACCGCCCCGAGGGCGCGCUCAAGGCUGCCGAGGACACCGGCGACCUCAUCGGCAUGGGAAGGUACUUCAUCUCCAACCCCGACCUCCCCGCGCGCAUUGCCCACGAAUGGGACCUCACCAACUACGACCGCAAGACGUUCUACACGAACGGCGCGCACGGCUACAUCGACUACCCGACGUACAAGGGCGAGACGGCCAAGCUCUAA